UUGCCCGUCGUGCUGCAGGGUUUGGUGCUGAAGCAGCCUGCUGGAGGCAUGGGGUUGAGCGUGGGGCGCGCUGCUCCAUGCCCUGGUCCAGGGGGCCCUGCUGUGCCCGGCCGGUGCCUGGGAGUUUUGGUGGCUCUGCUGGUGGGGAUCUGGGACGCCAGCGCGCAGAGUGAAUUUGCAACUUCGUCCGUGUAUUUGUGGAAGACCGGUCCGUGGGGGCGAUGCAUGGGAGACGAGUGCGGCCCGGGUGGCAUCCAGACGCGAGCGGUGUGGUGUGCCCACGUGGAGGGCUGGACGACCCUGCCCACGAACUGCAAGCAGGUGGAGAGGCCGGACAACCAGCAGCACUGCUUCCGCGUGUGCGACUGGCACAAGGAGCUCUACGACUGGCAGCUGGGCAGCUGGAAUCAGUGCCGGCCCGUCCUGGCCAGGGGCCACGAGAAACCCGCCGAGUGCCUCAAAGGCGAGGAAGGCAUCCAGGUGAGGGACGUGACCUGCAUUCAGAAAGCCAACGGCGUCCCGGCCGAGGAUGUCAUAUGCGAGUACUUUGAGCCCAAGCCUCGGCAGGAGCAGGCGUGCCUCAUCCCCUGCCGGCAGGACUGCAUCGUGGCCGAAUUUGCCCCGUGGUCGGAGUGCUCCAAGACCUGCGGCAGCGGGCUGCAGCACCGAACCCGCCACGUCGUGGCUCCGCCGCAGUUCGGUGGCUCUGCUUGUCCCAACCUGACUGAAUUUCAUAUCUGCCAGUCUAGCCCCUGUGCUAUGCAAGAAAGCAUGUACAGCCUAAACGUGGGACCCUGGAGUGCCUGCUCGGUGCCCCACUCGCGGCAGAUAAGGCAAGCGAGGAAGCGAGGGAAGAACAAAGACAAGGAAAAAGAUAGAGAAAAAGCAGUUCGGGAUCCUGAGGCUCGUGAGUUAAUUAAGAAGAAGAGGAAUCGAAACAGGCAAAACAGACAGGAGAACAAAUAUUGGGACAUACAAAUUGGGUAUCAGACCAGGCAGGUUACUUGUACUCACAAAAAUGGGAAAACUGCAGCUUUGAGCUUUUGCGAACAAGACAAGUUGCCAAUUACUUUCCAGUCCUGCGUGAUCACUAAGGAGUGCCAGGUAUCUGAAUGGACAGAAUGGACCCCAUGCUCCAAAACUUGUUUUGACAUGACAACCCCUAAAGGGAAUCGUACAAGGACACGGACCAUUAAACAGCUUCCCAUUGGCAGUGAAAGCGAAUGCCCAGAAUUAGAAGAAACGGAACAGUGUAUUUCUCAAGGGGAUGGAGUGGCACCCUGUAUUACGUAUGGUUGGAGAACCACAGAGUGGACAGACUGCCGUGUUGAUCCUUUACUUAGCCAACAGGACAAAAGACGAGGAAAUCAGACAGCGCUGUGCGGAGGUGGCAUUCAGACCCGGGAAACGUAUUGUGUGCAAGCUAAUGAAAAUCUCCUCUCCUAUUUAAAUACCCUCAAGGAAAAAGAAGAAAGUCAGUCACAGAGCAAGUCGAAGGCUAGUGCUGCACCUCUGCUAUCGAUCACUUUUGAAAUAACAGCUUCUCGGCCCGUGGACCGCAAGCUGUGCACAGGACCUCUGCCCAGCACCAGCCAGCUGUGCCACAUCCCCUGCCCCAUAGAGUGUGAAACCUCGGCAUGGUCAGCCUGGGGGCCGUGUACGUAUGAAAGCUGUGAGGACCCACAGGCCAAGAAGGGUUUUAAACUAAGGAAACGGCGCAUCACGAAUGAGCCAACCGGAGGAACCGGCAACUGCCCUCACCUGCUGGAAGCCAUCCCCUGCGAAGAGCCCUCCUGCUACGAGUGGAGACUCGUGGGGCUGGAGGAGUGCCUUCCCGACAACGAGAAGCCCUGCGGGCCCGGGACCCAAGUGCCUGUCGUCGUCUGUGUCAACAGCGACGGAGAAGAGGUUGACAGACAGCUGUGUAGAGACGCUAUCUAUCCAAUCCCCGUUGCCUGCGACGCUCCGUGCCCGAAGGACUGCGUGCUCAGCAUGUGGUCCGCCUGGUCCUCCUGCUCGCACACCUGCUCCGGCAAAACCACAGAAGGAAAGCAAAUGCGCGCCCGCUCUAUUCUGGCAUAUGCAGGUGAAGGAGGAAUUCAGUGUCCAAAUAGUAGUGCACUGCAGGAAACGCGCAGCUGUAACGAACACUCUUGCACUGUGUAUCAUUGGCAGACUGGACCGUGGGGACAGUGUAUAGAGGAUGCUUCUGUGUCUGCUUUUAACUCAUCUGCCAGCUGGAACGGGGAGGCCACCUGUGCUGUUGGGAUGCAGACAAGAAAAGUAAUCUGCGUGAGAGUCAACGUGGGACAAGUGGGCCCAAAAAAAUGUCCGGAGAGUCUUCGACCAGAAACAGUGAGGCCGUGUCUGCUUCCUUGUAGGAAAGACUGUAUUGUCACUCCAUUCAGUGACUGGACAUUGUGUCCUUCCUCGUGUCAAGAAGGGGAUGUCGCAGUGAAGAAACAGUCUCGUCACAGAGUCAUAAUCCAGCUCCCUGCCAACGGAGGUCGUGAGUGCCCAGAGGCUUUGUUUGAGGAAAAGGAAUGUGAAACUCCUCCCGUCUGCUAUAGCUACAGAUGGAAGACCCACAAAUGGCGCAGGUGCCAGUUGGUACCGUGGUACGUGCGCCAGGACAGUCCAGGAGCACAUGAGACCUGUGGACCUGGGCUACAAGCAAGAGCAAUUACUUGUCGCAGACAAGAUGGAGGACAGGCUGACAUCAGUGAGUGCCUUAAAUAUGCUGGCCCGUUACCGUCCUUAACACAGACGUGCCAGAUUCCUUGCCAAGACGACUGCCAGUUUACAAACUGGUCAAAGUUUUCUCCCUGUAAUGGGGACUGCGGAGGAGUCAGGACCAGAAAACGCACUCUUGUUGGAAAAAGUAAGAAAAGGGAUAAAUGCAAAAACUCUCAGCUAUAUCCUCUGAUUGAGAAUCAGUUUUGUCCAUGUGACAAAUACAGUGCUCAGCCCGUGGGGAACUGGUCGGACUGUAUAUUACCAGAGGGAAAAGUGGAAGGCUUAUUGGGCAUGAAAGUACAAGGAGACAUUAAAGAAUGUGGACAAGGCUACCGCUACCAGGCCAUGGCAUGCUACGAUCAAAACAGUCGACUUGUGGAAACAUCACGGUGCAACAGUCAUGGUUAUAUCGAGGAAGCCUGUAUUAUUCCGUGUCCCUCGGACUGCAAACUCAGUGAAUGGUCCAACUGGUCACGCUGUAGUAAAUCCUGUGGAAGCGGGGUAAAGGUUCGAUCUAAAUGGCUCCGUGAAAAACCCUACAACGGUGGAAGACCCUGUCCUAAGUUAGAUCACGUCAAUCAGGUCUACGAGGUAGUCCCAUGCCACAGUGACUGCAGUCAGCAUAUAUGGGUUACUGAGCCCUGGAGCGUCUGCAAAGUGACCAAUGUGGACUUAAAAGAGAAUUGUGGAGAAGGUGUUCAAACCAGAAAAGUCAGGUGCAUGCUAAACACCGUGGAUGGUCCUUCUGACACUGUAGAGGACUAUCUGUGUGAUCCUGAAGAGAUGCCACUUGGUGCUAGAAAAUGCACAUUACCGUGUCCUGAAGACUGUGUUGUGUCUGAAUGGGGACCAUGGUCUCGAUGUUCUUUGCCAUGCAAUGGAAGUAAUGUCCGUGAAAGGUCAGCAGAGUCUUUGAGACAGCCAGAUGAUGGAAAGUCUUGUCCUGCUGCCACUGAGACAGAGCCCUGCACCUUGAACAAAAAUUGCUACCACUAUGAUUACAACGUGACAGACUGGAGCACAUGUCAGCUCAGCGAGAAGGCUGUCUGUGGUAAUGGUAUCAAAACACGAAUGCUAGAUUGUGUUCGCAGUGAUGGCAAAUCAGUUGACCUGAAGUACUGUGAAGAGCUCGGUUUGGAGAAGACGUGGCAGAUGAAUACAUCAUGUGUAGUGGAAUGCCCUGUAAACUGUCAGCUCUCUGACUGGUCCCCUUGGUCUCAGUGCUCACAGACAUGUGGCCUUACAGGAAAAAUGAUCAGAAGAAGAACCAUAAAUCAGCCAUUUCAGGGGGAUGGGAGGCCUUGUCCUUCUCAGAUGGAGCAGUUCAAACCCUGUCCAGUAAAACCUUGCUAUCGAUGGCAGUAUGGCCAGUGGUCUGAAUGCAAAGUAGAGGAUGCUCAGUGUGGAGAGGGGACACGAGUGAGGAACAUUUCCUGCGUGGUUUUUGAUGGAUCCAUUGAAAAUGUUGGCAAAGUAGUAGAUGAAGAAUUCUGUGGUGAAGUAGAGCCAGUUAUAGACGGUAAUAAGAAGAUGGUACUUGAGGAAACAUGCACUGUCCCUUGUCCAGGGGACUGUUACUUGAAAGAGUGGUCAGAAUGGAGCCUUUGCCAGUUAACCUGUGUUAAUGGUGAGGACCUCGGCUUUGGAGGGAUACAAGUCCGAUCUCGGGCAGUGAUCAUUCAAGAAUUAGAGAAUCAGCACCUCUGUCCGGAACAGGCUUUGGAAACACGACCGUGCAAUGAUGGCCAGUGUUAUGAGUACAAGUGGAUGGCUAGCCCGUGGAAGGGGUCUUCUCGAACGGUGUGGUGCCAAAGGUCAGAUGGCUUAAAUGUCACAGGGGGCUGUUUAGUGAUGCGCCAACCAGAUGCUGACAGGUCAUGUAAUCCACCGUGCAGUCAACCCCACGCUUACUGUAGUGAGACUAGGACGUGCAGUUGCGAAGAUGGAUACACUGAAGUCAUGUCCUCCAAUGGCACACUCGAGCAGUGCACACUCAUCCCAGUGGUAGUGAUCCCCACCAUGGAGGACAAAAAGGGAGAUGUGAAAACCAGUCGAGCUGUGAACCCCACCCAGCCCUCCAGUAACCAGUCAGGACGUGGAAGGACCUGGUUUCUGCAGCCUUUUGGGCCAGAUGGGAGGCUGAAGACCUGGGUUUAUGGUGUAGCUGCUGGUGCAUUUGUUUUACUCAUCUUUAUUGUUUCUAUGAUCUAUCUAGCCUGCAAAAAGCCAAAGAAGCCCCAGCGAAGGCAGAACAACCGACUGAAACCAUUAACCUUGGCUUAUGAUGGAGAUGCAGAUAUGUAAAAUAUAACUUCCCAUGGUGACAAAUGGAAUCUAAAUUGUUGGAUCGAAAUCAGAACAUAUCCAAAGCCACAAGGAUUUGCUAUGGAGUGGAUUAAGUGUUUUGACUUUUUUCCUUUUUGUAACUGCACCGUAGAUAAGGAUGGAUUUAAUAAUGCCUAAGGAUAUUCAAGGUAUUACUGCUUUUCUUUAGACCAUCAACACUGAGAAUUCUGGCAGAACCACUUUGACAGACACUGCAGUUGGAGAUAUUUGCGAUCUUUUCUCAAUCUUACAGAACUAUGAGCACCACGUCCAUCUCCAGAAUGCUGUAGCUGACGUAGUUUUGAAAGCCCCUGCAACAUUAACCAAGUAUAAUCAGUUCAGCAUGAAGAGUUUGUACCAAGCUGUCUAUGACUCUUUAUAUUCAAGCAUAACGUAAAUACUCAGCUGAACCAUAUGUAUUACUCUGUCAGAUUAUAUACUUGUUAAAGAGCAUUUUAGUACUUAGGAAAAUAUUAACUUUUAACUGAGAUUAACCCACUGAGCAAAUUCAACAGUUUGGCAAUUGAUAACUCAUGUUAAUCUGCAUUUCAGAGGGCAAUGACUCACUUGCAAAAUUCUGUUCUGUUAUCACUCCAAAGUGUAAAUGCCUCAGCUAUACAUCGAGAAGGGAAGCAUUCUCAAAUUCAGUAUUUUCUAGCGAUUCCUGUCUGGAAAAAUACUACCCGUUGUAAAUGUUACAAUACGUUUCUACUUUCUCUAACUCAAACUGUUGCCUGCAUCUUUUUUGCUACAUGUAAGGCAAAUUUUUGCACUAUAUUAGUGCAGCAUGAUAUGCACUUAACUAGUAUUGCCAUAGAAACUGCCUCUGUUCAGAAAGGAUGAUGUAUCUUGUGCAAGGAGUGUCAAGGAGACAGGUCGUAAAUCCUGAAGAGAGUAGAGUUCAGUUUGGACUGGGCUUGGAUGGGAUCGGCUGACAACGUGUACUGUAUACACUGUUUCUCAUCACCGUGGCCAUUUGUAGUCUAUUUCAUGGCAGUAAUACAAGUGUCUAGUUUCUUGCCCCAUCUACCUAUACAAAUAUAGAUUGUCCUGCUGGUUUCUAAUUGUACUUUGAAGGCUGUUUAUGACUAGAUUUUUUAUAUUUAUUAACUUUGUUAAAAAAAAAAAAAAGAAAAA